AUGUCUGGAACACAAAUGCAGUUAGAGGAUUGGCUGGACGACCUCUGCGUCCGCUUCAUCAUCAACCUUCCCCAGGAGGAUCUCUCCUCUGUCGCUCGAAUAUGUUUUCAGGUCGAGGAAGCUCAGUGGUUUUACGAAGAUUUCAUUCGUCCAUUAGACCCGGCUCUGCCGUCCAUGACGCUGCGUACCUUUUGUCUCCGAAUAUUUCAACACUGCCCACUACUAGCCAGCUUUUCCGUUGAAAACCAUACCAAAGCGUUUGAGGAAUUUCUAGAGUACAAGACUCGUGUUCCCGUACGGGGUGCCAUCAUGCUGAAUAAAGCUAUGGACUCGACGGUCCUGGUAAAGGGAUGGAAAAAAGGCGCCAACUGGAGUUUCCCGCGAGGGAAGAUCAACAAGGACGAGGACGAUCUAGAUUGCGCCGUUCGCGAAGUCUACGAAGAGACUGGCCUGGAUCUUCGAGCAGCUGGCCUCGUGCCAACCGAACAAAAACCCAAGUAUAUUGAGAUCGCGAUGCGCGAACAGCAUAUGAGGCUCUACGUCUUCCGCGAUGUUCCAAUGGACACGCCAUUCGAACCGAAAACUCGAAAGGAAAUUAGCAAAAUUCAGUGGUACAAGCUAUCCGACCUACCAGCUUUCCGCCGCAAGAACGGUUCAAAUAACGAUGCGAUUGCUACACCUAAUGCCAAUAAGUUCUACAUGGUCGCGCCUUUCUUGGUGCCCCUGAAGAAGUGGGUUGUGUCGCAGAAAAAGAUUGAAGCACGCAAAGCAGCCACCGGCCCCUAUGGUUAUGGACCUAUUAGCGAGGCGCAAUAUGAGGAUGAGGGAUGGAACGACACCGGGGCUGAAACGACAGAUCAAGGCCCAGCAAUAGAGACGCUCGCAGGUGCCACACACGAAUUGCAGCGUUUGUUGAAGGUCCAACCCCCGACUCAAGGGCUGCAAGGUGCGCCCGCUCCCGUUCCCGCACCGGUUCAACAGGACAAGGGCAGUGCUUUGCUCUCUAUCCUCCAGGCAAAGGAUGGUCCUUCGGGUGCCGUGCCUCAAUCUGGCGUUCACUAUCCUCAUACUCCUCUGGACUUGACGAUUGGCAAUGCUCCUCAGCCUCAAACACCGCACCACCACAAUCAGAUGCCAUCUAUAAGUACUCAGCAACCACCACCAUCAUUCGCGUUCCCGCCCAACCAAGCUGCUCACUGGAAUAUGGGACCUGGCCAGCAGGGAGAGAACCCUCAGGCAUACAGCCCCCAAUAUCCAGUUCAGGAAGGGCAGUACAAGAGCAACCAAGCUCCCCUGGUGCAUCCUCAGCCAUUACCGCCACAGGUGGAGAGAGCUGUAUUCAACCGAAGUGUGUUCCAGGACAUCAACCAGCCCAACUUCAACAGUGCGCCCGGUCAAUUCGUUAACCAACAGCAAGCUCAAUAUGGCCACCCUGGCCAGAUGCCUCCCCAAGCUCCUGUUCAAGGUGGACAGCCAAGACAGCAACUGUUGAAUGGACAGUCCAUGGCUCUUCUGAAUGCCUUCAAAGGCGGAAAUGCGGCACCACAGCCUCAACAGAAGUCUCAGCAGGUUCCCUUCCCCCCUAAUUUCCCCAUUCAGAACCAAGGCCCCGGAUACAACAACUUUGGCGGACCUCAACCGCCUCAGCAGAUGAUCCCACAAGUUCCUGCACAUGCAGCUAGUGUUGUAGGAGGUGAAGCUCGCCCUGGACCCAGCCCUAAAGAGCUGGCAGGCUCGAGGGUCGGGUCUGGCCCCCCUGCCAACAAUCAUCGCUCUGCCUUGUUGGGCAUGUUUCGCAAGGAUGACCAAGACCAGAACCAGCCUCCUGCUCAGGCACCUCUCCCUCAAGGCCCCAAGCAACCUGCUCCUGGCAGUAUGAUGAGCGAGCUUUUACGUUCGGUUGGCGGAGACAACGCCAGGGCCCAGGUUCCGCCGCAAGCUGGCAUGGAAGCCGGCCCGCCUGUAUCAUUGGAAGGGCUAUCUCUGCAACCGCGGCCGGCCCAGACUGGCACACCUGGGUCUCAAGGACGAGGUGACUAUGGGCAGCAAUAUGGUUCUCAUGCUCAGGCACAUGCACCAGUUGCCCCGCAGCCCACUCAGCCUAUUCGAAUUCUUCAACGAGGACAGAACGAACAAUUCCUUGGCGUUGGGGGAGCAUCUGCAUCUUCGCAAACAUCAUUUGCUUCGCCAAGUGGUUUAUCUGGCCACUUGCAAACCGCAGUUCCUGGUGUUAGUCCCAGCAUUAGCCAAGCACUCCCUUCUUUCGGUCGGCGACGUGAGUCUGGUCCGGCCCAGAAGCGAGAAUUGCUUUCACUUUUUGGCAAGCAGCCAUCCCCUGCUAGCCUGGAGGCGGCCAAGGGUAAGGAAGCUAUCGGCGGGACGCCCAGGUCUCGUCUUGCUUCUUUGGCCUCUGGCGUGGAGGAGCCUGCUGGCCCUCCUUCUCGUCGCGGUAGCCAGACGCCCAUCUCACCGGCCGAGCGCACCUUUUUGCUGGAUUACUUGCAGUCUGUCACCAAAAACGCCAACCACUAA